UGACAUGCGCAGUGCGUUAAAUUUCGGGCUUGGUCUGUUAUACAACUGUGUUUUUCUUCAUUCUGCCUACAGCUCCUCGCCGGCAUUUUACUUUAACAGGCUUUUAACUGUGUUAUUUUAAUAAUAAGACCCAUAGAAAUGAGUGGGGACCAUUCCCACAACGAUUCCCAGAUCGACUCGGGAUCCAGACAUAAUGAUUCUCACAAACACAAAGAUAAAUACAAGGACAAAGAACACAAACACAAGGACCACAAGAAAGACAAAGAACGUGAGAAAUCAAAGUACAGCAACAGCGAACACAGGGACUCCUCGGAUAAAAAGCACAGAGAUAAAGAUAAAGAGAGGCUGAAGCUCAAAGAUGGAUCCUCAGACAAGCAGAAGGACAAACACAAAGAGAAGAAAAAGGAAGAAAGGUCUUUCGAUGGCAAGCCCAAAAAAGAGAAAGAGAAUGGAUUUGAAAGCCCUUUCAUCAAGUCUGAACCUGAUAAUGACUUCUACCACUCUCUUAAACACGAGAAGUCUCUGAAGAGAGAGCGCAAUGAUGACGAUGCCGAGUUCAAGCCCAAAAAAAUUAAAACCGAGAAUGACAGAAGCGAAAAGAAGGCAAAAAAACGGAAACAGGAAGAAGAGGACAUAAAGCCCAAAAAGAAGAUAAAAGACAAGAAAGGGGAAGUUGCCACAGAUGGCAAGAAAAAAGCAAAAAAGGAGCCAGAAGAGAAGUGGAAAUGGUGGGAGGAGGAGAGGUACACAGAUGGCGUGAAAUGGAAGUUUUUGGAACACAAAGGGCCUGUAUUUGCGCCACCAUAUGAUCCUCUUCCCAGCAAUGUCAAGUUCUAUUAUGACGGAAAACACAUGAAACUGAGCUCUACUGCAGAGGAGGUGGCCACCUUCUUCGCAAAAAUGUUGGACCAUGAGUAUACCACUAAGGAGGUUUUUCGGAAAAACUUCUACAAAGAUUGGAGGAAGGAAAUGACGUCUGAAGAGAAAUCCAAAAUCACAGAUCUGAACAAGUGUGACUUCUCUGAAAUGAGCGAAUAUUUCAAAGCUCAGUCUGAAGCUAGGAAGGCCAUGACUAAAGAAGAUAAACAGAAAAUUAAAGAGGAGAAUGAGCGCAUUCUGCAGGAGUAUGGCUUCUGUAUCAUGGACAAUCACAAAGAGCGCAUCGCUAACUUCCGUAUUGAGCCUCCGGGCUUGUUCCGUGGCAGAGGUGACCAUCCCAAAAUGGGCAUGCUGAAGCGUCGUAUCCGAUCUGAGGACAUUAUCGUUAACUGCAGCAAGGACUCAAAGCAUCCUAAACCACCACCUGGGACAAAGUGGAAGGAGGUACGUCAUGACAACAAGGUGACGUGGUUGGUGUCCUGGACUGAGAAUAUCCAAGGCUCUAUCAAAUACAUCAUGCUGAAUCCCAGUUCAAGAAUCAAGGGAGAGAAGGAUUGGCAGAAAUAUGAAACAGCCCGUCGAUUGAAAAAGUGUGUGGAACGGAUCCGUGCACAAUACCGAGACGACUGGAAAUCAAAAGAGAUGAGGAUCAGACAGCGCGCUGUUGCUCUUUACUUCAUUGACAAGCUGGCUCUGAGAGCAGGUAAUGAAAAAGAGGAAGGAGAGACGGCUGACACAGUGGGCUGCUGCUCACUUAGAGUGGAACAUCUAACUCUCCAUCAAGAGAUGGGUGGCCAGGAGUAUGUGGUGGAGUUUGACUUCCUUGGUAAAGACUCUAUUAGAUACUACAACAAAGUCCCCGUGGAGAAGAGGGUUUUCAAAAAUCUUCAGCUAUUCAUGGAGGACAAGGAGCCGGAGGAUGAUCUCUUUGACCGUCUCAAUACCUCCAUUUUGAACAAGCAUCUUCAGGAGCUGAUGGAUGGCCUUACGGCUAAAGUGUUCCGUACUUACAAUGCCUCCAUCACACUACAGCAGCAGUUGAAUGAAAUCACAAACUCUGAAGACAAUGUUCCUGCAAAGAUCCUUUCCUACAAUCGUGCUAACAGAGCAGUAGCCAUCCUGUGUAACCACCAGAGGGCACCACCCAAGACGUUUGAGAAGUCCAUGCAAAAUCUUCAGACAAAGAUUGACGCAAAAAAGGAACAGCUUGCUGAUGCUAAAAGAGAACUGAAAAGUGCCAAGGCUGACGCCAAAGUACGCAGAGAUGAGAAAUCCAAGAAGGCCGUGGAGUCCAAGAAGAAAGCUGUGCAGAGGAUCGAGGAGCAGCUGAUGAAGCUGGAGGUACAGGCCACCGACAGAGAGGAGAACAAGCAGAUUGCCCUGGGUACCUCCAAGCUCAACUACCUGGACCCACGUAUCUCAAUAGCCUGGUGCAAGAAGUUUGGCAUCCAAAUAGAGAAGAUCUACAACAAAACUCAGCGUGAGAAAUUUGCCUGGGCUAUUGACAUGGCUGGGAAAGACUUCCAAUUUUAAAUCAUCUUUGCAAUUUUACUUGUCCCUCCACCCCAUCCUCUUUUUUUUUUUUUUAAUAGAUACUUUUAGUCUAAGUGAUUUCCAGCAGGUUGUGAACCUGGCAAGGGAAAAGAUGUGAAGCAAGCAUAGUGUCAAGGAGGCCUGAAUGUCAUGAUUUGGGUGACUGGUUUUUAUUUUUUAGGCUGACCUGUAAUCUUGUAGGUUUUAUUGGGUCGAUCAUUUAAGAAUGAAGUAUGGACGGCCUGUGCGCAAGGUUGCAUGGUCUUUAAGCCAGGAACUGGAGAAUCAGUGGCUUGACCUUUUGAACACUUUUACUGUCUCACUCCCCUACCAUCUCUGGACAAAAGGGGGGCCCAAGGAUGUCCGAAAACUAUGAACUUACAUGGUCCUAUAGCUACUGUAUUCAACUACAACUUGCUUUGUGGAUCGUUUCAUUUUUAGUUUUGCUGUAUUUUUAGCCCUCCUGUAUUAAUAAUGAAUUCUAUAUUUUAAUAGAAGAUUAAAAAAAAA